AACUGAAAAAUAAUUUUUGGUUGCCAGUAUACCUGUAGUCGUUGCACUGAUCAGUCGAUAGUUUUGUGAUAAAUUAUUUCUCAAGUGAAUUAAAUUAUUAACCAUGGGACGUGAUUCUAGAAAGGUUUCAAGAGAACUUCGGAGUUCUGAAAAAAUUAAUAAGUCGCGUUCAGUCAAAAGAAAGAAUGUUUUUAAUCCGAAAACAGCCGAACGUGAUGAAAGUAUUCAGAGUACAUCUUCUAAAAAAUUAAAACAAAACACUGAAGAUGAUGUACCUGAAGACAGCAGUACUGAAUUUCGAAUAAUAAAUUUUAUUCAGGUAUUCACUGCAAUUUCUGCUCUUAUAAAAUGUAAAAAAUGUGAUGGAAAUGUAGUGUUUCAAACAGCAAGUACACGUGGGCUGGGAUUCAAAAUUGUAGUUGCAUGUAAUAACUGUGGAAAUGAAUAUAUUCCUUCCUGUUCUUUCGUUGGGCAUUCUUAUGAAAUAAACAGACGUUUCAUUUUUGUAAUGAGAAUACUAGGAAUAGGAUACGAAGGAUUGUGCAAGUUUUGCGGCCUGAUGGACAUGCCGUCUUUUUUAGAUAAAUCUACGCAUACAAUUUUACUGAAACAGAUUUUGAAUUGUAGUAAAGCCGUCGCAGAAACCUUCAUGACGAAAGCUGUGAAUGAAGAAAAGCAAGCAAUGCCAACAACUGAAAAUGAAGAUAUAAAUCAUCUAACUGUAUCGGGAGAUGGAACCUGGCAAAAACGGGGAUAUACAUCGUCAUUUGGAGUUUCUUCUAUAAUUGGCUAUUUUACUGGAAAGAUUCUUGACAUAAACAUUAAAAGUGCAUAUUGUAAGCUAUGUGAGUAUUGGAAAAAAAAAACAAAUACUGUUGAGUUCGAGGAAUGGUAUCAAUCGCAUGAAGAUGUGUGUUCUGCUAAUCAUCAAGGGUCUUCUGGGAAAAUGGAGGUGGAUGCGAUGGUCGAAAUGUUUUCGUAUUCUGAAACUAAAUAUGGAGUUAAGUAUGCCAACUAUAUUGGUGAUGGUGACUCCAAGACCUAUUCAGGAAUUAUAAAAUCAGAUCCUUACGAAAAUACAACUGUAAAUAAAAAGGAAUGUAUAGGGCAUGUCCAAAAGCGGAUGGGGAGUCGAUUACGUACGCUGAAGAGUAAACAAAAAGGUCUUGGUGGUCGAGGUAAGCUCACAGGAAAAUUAAUAGACAAACUAACUGUGUACUAUGGUUUAGCAAUACGCCGGCAUUGUGAUUCUAUUGAAAAUAUGAAAUCUGCUAUAAUGGCAACCUUUUAUCACUACGGCUCGAGUGAUGAAAAACCGAAUCAUGAUAUGUGUCCAAAAGGCGAAGAAUCUUGGUGCUCUUACCAGCGCGCUGAAGCAAGAGGAGAGCUUGAUACCUUUUCUCACGAUUAUUCUCCUUUACCUUCUGAUGUUUUAAAAGCUAUCAAGCCUAUAUACGAAGAUCUUAGUAAUGAAAAUUUACUUUCAAGAUGUGUAGGUGGAUUCAAUCAGAAUAAUAAUGAAAGCUUUAACCAACUAGUAUGGAAAAUAUGCCCAAAAACGGUAAAUACUAGUUUUACUAUCGUACAAAUAGCUGCAUACGUUGCUAUGUGUAUAUUUAAUGAGGGUAUAAAUUCAUUAUUAGUCUUGAUGAAUACACUUGGACUUAAUUGUGGGCCUAAUUCUCAUCGGUAUGCAGAAAGAAUGGAUGCUGCACGUAUCAAAGUAGCAGAUAAGCGCGCUAAUGAUAACACCCGAGAAGGUCGAUUGCAACGUAGGCACCAGCAAAUCGAUAUUUUGGAAGCUGCUAUGUCGGCUGAAGAGCUAUUAUAUGGUCCAGGAAUAGAUGACUCAGUAUGAAUCUCCAAGGACUUAUGAUGAUCACCGCAAAGGACUUCGGGAGGAACGGGCUCUACAAAAACAGCGAUAACUUUUUGAAUUAUUAAUUUUUUUUUUUGAAAUUUUCGUGAAGUCAAAUCGAAACGUGUUCUAAUAAAGCUAUGUUUUUAUUUUUGUCAAAUAAAGUAAUUAACUACAAAAAAAAAAUUAUUGAAAAUCAUCAUUUUUUCAU